AUGAAGAGAGAAAACCAGAGCAUUAUCACUGAGUUCUUCCUCAUAGGAUUCUCAAACCUGGGGCAUCUACAGAUCCUUCUCUUCUUUAUCUUCUUACUAGUCUACCUGACCACUCUGAUGGCCAAUGCCACUAUCAUGACUGUUAUCCGUCUGGACCGGGCUUUGCACACCCCCAUGUACUUUUUCCUCUUUGUCCUCUCCUGCUCUGAAACCUGUUACACCUUAGUCAUUGUACCUAAAAUGCUGACCAACCUUCUUUCCACAAAUCCAGCUAUUUCUUUCUCUGGGUGUGCUACUCAGCUCUAUUUCUUUGUGGGCUUUGCUUGUACCAACUGUUUUCUCAUUGCUGUGAUGAGUUAUGAUCGCUACAUUGCCAUCUGCAACCCUCUCAACUACACGCUCAUUAUCAGCCAAGCCACCUGUAUGCAGUUGAUUCUAGCCUCCAGCUUCUGUGGUUUCCUGAUCUCUGUGGUUGUCAACGUCCUGGUGUUCAGUGUGCCCUUCUGUGCCUCCAAUCGGGUCAACCAUUUUUUCUGUGACAUUUCCCCUGUCAUCAAACUAGGCUGUACAGACACCAACCUGAAGGAGAUGGUCAUCUUUUUCCUCAGCAUUCUGGUAUUGCUGGUUCCCUUUGUGUUGAUCUUCAUUUCUUACAUCUUCAUUGUUUCCACCAUCCUCAAGAUUUCCUCAGUGGAGGGACAGCGAAAGACCUUUGCUACCUGUGCCUCCCACCUCACAGUGGUCAUUGUCCACUAUGGCUGUGCUUCCUUUAUCUACUUGAGACCCACAUCCCUGUACUCCUCAGACAAGGACAGGUUGGUUGCAGUGACCUAUACUGUAAUCACCCCACUACUCAACCCUCUUGUCUACACGCUGAGAAAUAAAGAAGUGAAGUCAGCUCUGAGGAAGGUUCUGGGUAGGUACUCUCUUCCUAAAACUGUAUGA